GAUCAACACUAGCGCUAAAUAAUAGCCUCGGCAGCGUGUGAAACUUCAGUUCUUCUUGAAAAAUCGAAUGUGAAAGAUCAGCGUGCAUUGUGAAUUCGUGCAAGUGUUCGAUUAGAAGUGCUGUUAACGUGGCUGUGAAGAUUUCUGACUAAAUUCAAUUUAUCCAGUUAUCUUCUACAUUAUUUGGUUACAGUGCACUAUUGCAUGGUAAAGAUGCGGUGGAGUCUGUUUGCUUUGGCCCUGGUGGUCGCGGCUGUGUGCGCCGACGACAAGAAGGAAAAGGAUAAGGACAUCGGCACCGUCAUCGGUAUCGACUUGGGUACCACCUACUCAUGUGUGGGUGUGUACAAGAAUGGACGUGUGGAGAUCAUCGCCAAUGACCAGGGUAACCGUAUCACUCCCUCAUAUGUAGCAUUCACAAGCGACGGCGAGCGUCUAAUCGGUGACGCCGCCAAGAACCAGCUGACCACUAACCCCGAAAACACAGUAUUCGACGCCAAGCGUCUCAUUGGUCGCGAAUGGAGUGACUCCACUGUCCAACAUGACGUCAAAUUCUUCCCCUUCAAAGUAGUUGAGAAGAACAGCAAACCCCAUGUCGCUGUCAAAACCGCUCAGGGUGAAAAGGUCUUCGCUCCUGAAGAAAUCUCUGCGAUGGUUCUCACCAAGAUGAAAGAAACUGCUGAAGCUUACCUCGGUAAGAAGGUUACCCAUGCUGUUGUUACUGUCCCAGCUUACUUCAACGACGCCCAGCGUCAAGCCACCAAGGACGCCGGUGUCAUUGCUGGUCUCAACGUCAUGAGAAUCAUCAACGAACCUACCGCCGCCGCUAUCGCCUACGGUCUUGACAAGAAAGAAGGAGAAAAGAAUGUCCUUGUCUUUGACUUGGGUGGCGGUACCUUUGAUGUGUCUCUGCUCACUAUCGACAAUGGAGUGUUUGAAGUGGUUGCUACCAAUGGUGACACUCACUUGGGUGGUGAAGACUUCGACCAGAGGGUGAUGGAGCAUUUCAUCAAGCUAUACAAGAAGAAGAAGGGCAAGGACAUCAGGAAAGACAACCGUGCGGUGCAGAAACUGCGUCGUGAGGUUGAGAAGGCAAAGAGAGCUCUGUCUUCCAGCCACCAGGUAAAGAUCGAAAUUGAAUCCUUCUUUGAGGGUGAUGACUUCUCUGAAACCCUUACCAGAGCUAAGUUCGAAGAGUUGAACAUGGACUUGUUCAGAUCUACCCUGAAACCCGUGCAGAAGGUAUUGGAAGACGCCGACAUGAACAAGAAGGAUGUUGAUGAAAUCGUAUUGGUUGGUGGUUCUACUCGUAUUCCCAAGGUUCAGCAACUGGUCAAGGAAUUCUUCAACGGUAAAGAGCCAUCCCGAGGCAUCAACCCUGAUGAGGCCGUCGCUUAUGGUGCCGCCGUCCAGGCUGGAGUACUCAGCGGUGAACAAGACACUGACGCCAUUGUCCUUCUCGACGUCAACCCUCUUACCAUGGGUAUCGAAACUGUUGGAGGAGUGAUGACCAAGCUUAUCCCACGUAACACUGUCAUUCCCACAAAGAAAUCUCAGAUCUUCUCUACUGCCAGUGACAACCAACAUACUGUCACCAUUCAAGUAUACGAAGGUGAAAGACCCAUGACCAAGGACAACCACUUACUCGGAAAAUUCGACCUCACUGGCAUUCCUCCAGCACCCAGAGGUAUCCCACAAAUUGAAGUCACAUUUGAGAUCGACGCCAACGGUAUUCUGCAAGUGUCGGCGGAGGACAAGGGAACAGGAAACAGGGAAAAGAUUGUCAUCACAAAUGAUCAGAACAGAUUAACACCUGAAGACAUUGAGAGAAUGAUCAAGGACGCCGAGAAGUUCGCCGAUGACGAUAAGAAACUAAAGGAGCGCGUCGAAUCAAGGAACGAACUGGAAAGUUAUGCUUACUCGAUAAAGAACCAGCUCCAAGAUAAGGAGAAACUCGGCGCUAAAGUCAGUGAAGACGAGAAGGCUAAGAUGGAAGAAGCUAUCGAUGCCGCGAUCAAGUGGCUUGAAGAGAACCAAGAUGCAGACUCGGAAGAGUACAAGAGACAGAAGAAGAGCGUCGAAGAUGUAGUCCAGCCCAUUAUCGCGAAACUGUACCAGGGACAAGGAGGGGUCCCCCCGCCCGGCGGCCCAGGAGGCGACGAUGAGGACUUUAAGGACGAGUUGUAACCUAACAGACUGUAAAUCAAGUGAUCCUAGCCAAAUGUGAUCUCCAUUAGGUCACUACAGUGCGUGCACAUGGUGAAAAUGCUUCAUCAUGUGCAUGGGCUGUAACCAAGCACAGAUCGUGAUGUUUUUAGCUCGUGUUGUGUAUAUUUAUUGUGUGGAUGCGCGAAUGGCGUGUGCGGCGCUUCGCUGCAAAGUGAGAGAUUUGAUCCCGCUCUGCCGCCGCGCACGAGAUUGACAGAGAAGUGUGAAUGAUAUGUGUUACUGAUAAAUUGAUGCAUUUUUAAUUUUAAUACAAGCAAUAGUUCCAAGUGAAGCGAGGGCUUGUUUCCAUGACUGUAUGAAAGUCGAUUCAUUUGUCUUCCUCAUUCUGUAUGAUAUCCAGAUCAAUGAAUCGGCAUAGUCUCAAUUUGCUAUGGAGAUUUACCUCAGUGUUCUUUAUUGUAUGUAUGUAAUGAGACUGCAGAAUUGUUAGUUUUUAAUUACCUAGCAUGUAUGUAGUAUAAUUAAUUCAAUUGAAGUACGGAGGAGUACAUAAUAAAAAAGAUUUUCUAUCUA